GCCGCAGCUCCGACAACGGCCGGGAGUUGCAGUGCGACUUCGCAGGAGAUCGCUUCUUGGAAAUGCCAACGCAGAGAGUGACAGCAAUCUUGGAUGUCGUGGCUAUGGAAAAGGUUGGUGCCCCCGCAUUGACCAUGAGCAAAGCCGGACUGCAAGCCCGGCUUCGGCACGUGUACUGCGACGUGUCGCAGAACCCCGACUACCACAGGUGGACAAACCAACAAGGUCUCCUGGGUUGCUUGACGACAUCCUCGCGAGUGUACAGCUACAUGCGAGACGGUAACCUUUUGCCUUUCGAGCACCUUCGACUACAAGGUCUGACUGGACUUGACGUGGAUUCCCAUCUAAAAAAGAUAGGCUCACACACGAGUGUACAGUUACGUGCACGUUGCAAGUGCUCCACCUUCAGAGUUCAGCUGCUGUCAGCCAUGGGGAAGGGCGGCAAGCAGUCCCAGGCGAAGGCACCUUCACAGGCGAUGGUGCCUGUGAAGAAGGACGACCCUCUCAAGGGCGGCAAAGGCGGCAGAGGCAAGGGCAAGGGUGGCUGUGGCUCAGCCGGCUUGGCUGCGAACGUGCUCGUUUGUGGAGCCUGCGGUUUGACUUCAAAGGAGGAAACGUUCAUCACCAAGAACGGAGUUCCUACGGGCACCGGCGGAGUUGUGUGCAUAGCGGCCGGCCGCCGCUUGCGGCCUGACCUGACCUUUGAGGAAUACUGCGAGUUGUUGCGGACCAACAGCCAGGCCAAAGCCACACACGUGUCAGUCAAGCCCAUGGUGGAAGGGACGCAGACGCCUCCUGUGUUCACGCCCGCAGGGGAGGUACUCGCUUCGACAAAGUAUGGGUACGAGAUCUAUACGAAGUGUGCUGGGCUAACGGACUCAGAGCUGCAGACGCACACCGGGAAGACUGCGGCACAGUUGGGCUUGAAGCCUUUCGCGAGCGACUACGCGGCCCCAGAUAGCUCAAGCAAGCUGUAUCUGGUGAGCCUGUCCGGAAUGUCGGCUGACAUGCGCGACAGUGUCAGAAAGGUCAAGAUCCGGCACGAGACUGCCGCUCACUCCCACGAGUACUGGCUCACGCCCCAGACUCAGCUCGUGAAAGACCAGACAAAAGCUGUCAUGGCGCACGUGGAGAAGCAGGUCGUGAGCCAAAAGCCCAAUAUGGGAGGCCAAACUAAGCUGAAGACAAUGGAGGAGUUGAAUGAGUUGGCGGCUCGCAUCGACAACAAGUCCCUCUGCCAGUUCGAAGCUGCCAUGGGGGAUGAGGCGGCCAUGGGUGAUCUCCUUCAUGACGGCGAGGGCCAGGAUCAAGGUGCUGACGGUGACGAGGCAGCUGAGCCAACUGAGGCGGAGCUGCCGCCAAGCAAGAAGCAGCACAGGCUCUCCUAG